GGGAUAUAUGGUUAAAUUUUACCGUAGAAAUGAAUAAAAGCAUGUGAGUCGGUCCAAAAAAGUGCUGGUUGCGUCUUUUUGAGUGGUUGGUCGCUACCAAAUGACACCACCGGGUAUAUUCCUUUCCAAUCCCUCCGGCGACUUCUUCCUCUUCUUCUUCCGCCCGUAAUUCACGCCCCAACCAUAACCUUUCUGUUUCCCCUAAAUUAACGCAACUUUCCCCCAUCGCAGGACCACCAUUGAAUCAUUACACGAUUCUGAUGGAUUACUCGUUCUCUCCGGCCGCCGAACCGUGGUUAUGACCACCGCCAUAUCUAAUUUUCUCCCUCUUUUAUCAUCUUUUUCUUAAUUCGUAAUUAUUGUUUUUUUUACAUAUAUAUGCAUCCUUUUUGCUGUGUUCCCGCCGAUCAUAAUAAUUCGAUGCCUGCUACUCCCUCCUCUGCUGCCGCCCCGGUAUCGGAUUUUUCCAAGCACAUAAGUCCCGUUCAUAACGUUAACAACCACAACCACAACCAUAACCACCAUGUUACUUUCAAUACGGCGUCGGAUGCUGAACGGCAACCGCCCGCGAUGAGGUUGACAAGUGGAGAUCAGAGAGAUGUGAAGAUCAAUGAUAUAGUAGGUAGUGGGAUAUCAGGGAUUUUGCACAAAUGGGUUAAUUAUGGUAAAGGAUGGCGGCCUCGAUGGUUUGUGUUACAAGAUGGCGUGCUUUCCUACUAUAAGAUUCAUGGGCCUGAUAAGAUUGUUGUUAGUAAAGAGACUGAGAACGGGUCAAGGGUCAUCGGCGACGAGUCUUUCCGCCGAUUCUCUCGUCACGGAAAUUCCGGCGCUACUAGUAAUAAUUCUCAUCAUCCUCGCCGAAAGCCCGUUGGUGAAGUCCAUCUCAAGGUUUCAUCUAUUCGUGAAAGUAGAUCAGAUGACAAAAGAUUUUCCAUAUUCACGGGGACAAAAAGGCUGCAUUUGAGGGCAGACACGAGGGAUGAUCGAAUUGCAUGGAUGGAAGCUUUCCAGGCUGUGAAGGGCAUGUUCCCUCGACUAUCUAACAGUGAAUUGAUGGCUCCUGUUGGCGGCUUUACUGUGUCAACAGAAAAGUUGAGGCAACGCUUAUUACAAGAAGGUGUAAGUGAGACAGCCAUCCAGGACACCGAACUUAUUAUGAGGACUGAAUUUUCUGCCAUGCAAGAUCAGUUGGUGCUUCUUAAGCAGAAGCACUUGCUUCUCAUGGACACACUGCGUAUGUUAGAGACAGAAAAGGUUGACCUUGAGAACACAGUAGUAGAUGAGAGCCAAAGACAAUCAAAGGAGGUUGGGGCAACUUCAAGACUAAGGCAAGAGAAAUACAGUGGUAUGCUCUGGUGA